AAUAAUAUUCGAUUAGAGUGUGGCAUAUCCGGCGGUUUAUUAGGAUCUCUCAUCUUCCCUAAACACCUGAUUUCGCAAACUUUUUGCUUCUUCUUAGUUUCUCCUGUGGUCUAUGAGAUUCUGAUCUUGUUGUAGCUAUGGACGAAAGCAUAGGUCUUUACCCUCUUCAUCGUUGCAAAACCAUUCACCUGGUGAGACAUGCUCAAGGGAUUCAUAAUGUAGCUGGUGAAAAAGAUCACAGUGCUUACUCUUCUGAGGAUUACUUUGAUGCUCAUCUUACCCCUCUUGGUUGGCAACAGGUUGAUAAUCUACGGAACCAUGUUCUAGCUAUUCAACUCUUGAACAAGGUUGAACUUGUCAUUGUUUCACCUUUGCUUAGAACUAUUCAAACAGCUGUUGGUGCUUUUGGAGGUGAAGAAGAUACUAAUGGAGGGGAUGCAACACCGUUAAUGGUGGCUAAUGCUGGGAACAGCGAUCGUCCUGCGAUUUCAAGCUUAAAUAGCCCGCCUUUCCUUGCUGUUGAGCUUUGCAGGGAAACUAUGGGGGAUCAUCCUUGUGACAGGCGAAGAAGCGCCACUGAGUACAAGGCUCUUUUUCCCGCAAUCGAUUUCUCCAUUAUUGAAACCGACAAGGAUGUUUUGUGGAAGCCGAGUCCAAGAGAGAGCCUUGAAGAAGUAGCAGCCAGAGGUGUAGAGUUCAUCAAAUGGAUAUGGACUAGGAAAGAGAAGGAGAUCGCAAUUGUAUCUCACAGCGGCUUCUUGCACGGUCUCUUGAGUUCUUUCGGGAAGGAUUGUUGCGAUGACCUAAAGAAAGAGCUGUCUAUACAUUUCAGCAACUGUGAGCUUCGCUCAAUGGUCAUUGUGGAUCGAGGGAACCUGGGGACUGAUUCUGCAGAGACCACAAACUAUCCUGGAAAGCUUCCUCAAGGACUUGAUAAUCCAAGUGGCUAAAUGGCUGAAGAGUAAGAGAGAGCACAAGUUUCUAAGAGUGUUUUUUCCUUAUAAAAGAAUAAAUUACAUGAUGCUUCCAUUGGACUAGAAUUUGGAAUUUUCAGUGAUUGAUGCACAUUAGUGAAAUUUGGUAUGUAGUAGCCUAGUAGGAUGACUCAAUGAAUUUACUGUAUGAUUGGUACUACCCAAACAAAAUUUAGCGGUAGCUUUAAUCUUUCU